GCAUGGGAAGCCUACGAGGGCAACAAUCUUCUGCAGAUAGUUGACCCUGUUCUCCAUAUGGACUUCCCAGAAGAAGAAGCACUCCGAUUCUUAAUGGUUGGCCUACUUUGCGUGCAAGAAACUGCCAAGCUUCGCCCACUUAUGUCGACCACAGUUAAAAUGUUGACCAAUGAAAAUGACAUCAAAGAUGUUCAAAUUUCACAACCAGGGCUUCUUUCUGAUCUGAUGGAUAUCAGAUUACGACAGAAGCACUCAUCUCAGAGGACACAGACCACAUUUUCCAGGGGCUCAACCUCAACGAGCAUGCAUAGUAGUAGCUAUUUUUGA